GUCGAGAUGGAUUUUGUGAGGUUGUUCGGCGCCCUGAUCGCCUUCUUCUUCCACAAUGGGUGCGCUUCGAAAAUCAAUGGCCAAAGGAUCUGCCGGCGGGGAACAGAACGACCAUGCUACAAGGUGUCCUACUUCCAGGACAGCAGACGCAGGCUGACCUUCCAAGACGCCAGGCAGGCCUGCAGGGUGGAUGGAGGCGAGCUGCUAAGCAUCGAAACAGAAAGCGAGCAGCGACUGAUUGAAAGGUUCAUACAGCAGCUCCACGCAGCCGAUGGAGAUUUCUGGAUUGGCCUUCGCCGCAGCCCUCAGCGCUUUAGAGCUGGAAGUGCCAACCCUGGAUGCCCCUCCCAGUACUUCUGGCUGGACGGGAGUAAAGCCAAGUUCAGGAACUGGCACUGGGAUGAGCCUUCCUGCGGUGGGGAAAUGUGUGCGGUUCUUUACUACCAGCCCUCUGCACCACCUGAUGAGGAAGGUCACUUCCUGUUUCAUUGGAAUGACGAUAACUGCAACACCAAGAACAACUACGUCUGCAAAUAUCCUAAAGAAAAGGCACCAGUAUUUACAGAGGCAGGGAGAGGGAAUACGCCACGUGCAGUUCCAACUGUGAUGCCAAAUCUAUUCUUCACAACAUCAAGUGGCAAGACGAUUAAAGUAGGAAUGUCUGAGUCAUCAGUGUCAUUUUCUGACAAUACCCUAUACGUUCACUACAUCCUGUAUGCAACCAUUCCUGCUCUCCUGCUGCUACUGCUUGCAGUUUCUGUCUUCUUCUGCUACAAACAAGCUAAACGAAGGAAGUCAGACAACAAAGCCUCCACUGGCCAAGCUAAACCAUGGAUGCCUACAGAAGCUUUAUCCUGCCCUAUUCAAGGACCCUAUGCUUUCAGUGACAUCACCAAACUUUCCUACUUAAGCCCGGACAGCACCCUACCAGUAGAUUUCAAAACAAAGUACCCCUAUGCUUCUUCCAAGGAGCCACAGUGGAAUGAUUACGAGAACGUAUUAUUGACGGAGAGGGAGAGUGGCUUUGUGAGUAAUGACAUUUACGAAACCAGCGGGGCUCAGAGUGGACACUGUCGCCCUAAACCAGGCUGGGUUGAAAAUGAGAUUUAUGGGUAG